AGCCCCGCCUUCCUCCCCCGCCCUGCCCCUCCCGGAGUCUUAACGCGUCCCCGCCCGGCGCCCGGCCUCGGCUGCCGCUUGUCGCCGCGGGAGCUGCCGCUACCUCUGCGUGUCCGCGUGUGUGCCCGGUCCCCGCCCGCCGCACCAUGGAGGGCUACCACAAGCCUGACCAGCAGAAGCUGCAGGCCCUGAAGGACACGGCCAACCGCCUGCGCAUCAGCUCCAUCCAGGCCACCACGGUGGCGGGCUCCGGCCACCCCACGUCAUGCUGCAGCGCUGCAGAGAUCAUGGCUGUCCUCUUUUUCCACACCAUGCGCUACAAGUCCCAGGACCCCCGGAACCCGCACAAUGACCGCUUCGUGCUCUCCAAGGGCCAUGCAGCGCCCAUCCUGUACGCGGUCUGGGCUGAAGCUGGCUUCCUGCCUGAGGCGGAGCUGCUGAACCUGAGGAAGAUCAGCUCUGACUUGGACGGGCACCCGGUCCCGAAACAAGCUUUCACCGAUGUGGCCACUGGCUCCCUAGGCCAGGGCCUUGGGGCCGCAUGUGGGAUGGCCUACACUGGCAAAUACUUCGACAAGGCCAGCCUUCUAAGUAGCUGGGACUACAGCUACCGAGUCUAUUGCUUGCUGGGAGACGGGGAGCUGUCAGAGGGCUCUGUGUGGGAGGCCAUGGCCUUUGCCAGCAUCUACAAACUGGACAACCUCGUGGCCAUUCUUGACAUCAAUCGCCUGGGCCAGAGCGACCCGGCACCGCUGCAGCACCAGAUGGACGUCUACCAGAAGCGGUGCGAGGCCUUCGGUUGGCAUGCCAUCAUCGUGGAUGGACACAGCGUGGAGGAGCUAUGCAAGGCCUUCGGCCAGGCCAAGCACCAGCCAACAGCCAUCAUUGCCAAGACCUUCAAGGGCCGAGGGAUCUCAGGGGUAGAAGAUAAGGAGUCUUGGCAUGGGAAGCCCCUCCCCAAAAACAUGGCUGAUCAGAUCAUCCAGGAGAUCUACAGCCAGAUCCAGAGCAAAAAGAAGAUUCUGGCAACGCCCCCGCAGGAGGACGCCCCGUCGGUGGACAUUGCUAACAUCCACAUGCCCAGCCCACCCAGCUACAAAGUUGGGGACAAGAUAGCCACCCGCAAGGCCUAUGGACAGGCAUUGGCCAAGCUGGGCCAUGCCAGUGACCGCAUCAUCGCCCUGGAUGGGGACACCAAAAAUUCCACCUUCUCGGAGCUCUUCAAAAAGGAGCACCCGGACCGCUUCAUUGAGUGCUACAUUGCCGAGCAGAAUAUGGUGAGCAUCGCAGUAGGCUGUGCCACCCGAAGCAGGACGGUGCCCUUCUGCAGCACGUUUGCAGCAUUCUUCACGCGAGCCUUCGACCAGAUUCGAAUGGCCGCCAUCUCCGAGAGCAAUAUCAACCUCUGCGGCUCCCACUGCGGCGUUUCCAUCGGGGAAGACGGGCCCUCCCAGAUGGCCCUGGAAGAUCUGGCCAUGUUUCGGUCAGUCCCCAUGUCAACUGUCUUUUACCCAAGUGAUGGUGUUGCUACAGAGAAGGCGGUGGAACUAGCCGCCAACACAAAGGGUAUCUGCUUCAUCCGGACCAGCCGCCCGGAAAACGCCAUCAUCUAUAACAACAAUGAGGACUUCCAGGUCGGACAAGCCAAGGUGGUCCUGAAGAGCAAGGAUGACCAGGUGACCGUGAUCGGGGCUGGGGUGACCCUGCAUGAGGCCUUGGCCGCUGCUGAGCUGCUGAAGAAAGAAAAGAUCAACAUCCGCGUGCUGGACCCCUUCACCAUCAAGCCCCUGGACAGAAAACUCAUUCUCGACAGCGCUCGUGCCACCAAGGGCAGGAUCCUCACUGUGGAGGACCACUAUUACGAAGGUGGCAUUGGGGAGGCUGUGUCCACUGCAGUAGUGGGCGAGCCUGGCAUCACUGUCACCCGCCUGGCAGUUGACCGGGUGCCAAGAAGUGGGAAGCCGGCCGAGCUGCUGAAGAUGUUCGGUAUUGACAAGGACGCCAUUGCGCAAGCUGUGAGGGGCCUCGUCGCGAAGGCCUAGGGCUGGAGUGAGGUGUGGGGCGGGGGUCUACACAUUCCCGAGAUUCUGGGAAAGGUGCUCAAAGAUGUACUGAGAGGAGGGGUAAAUAUAUGUUUUGAGAAAAAUGAA